UGAUCAUCACCAUCAUAGAAGGAGAAAGCAGCGACAAUAACAACAACAUCAGGCAGAUAUUGCCUAAUGUGAGAGAUCAGACUUAAACAACAGAAUAAACUCAUUUUUCAUUUACUUACUGAUCUUUACCGGGGACUUUUCUGAAUCUCAUGGAGGAUCAAAUCUAGAGAAUAAACUGCAGAAAACUCUUCUGUGAGCUGUUCUCGGUCAGCAUGGCCCAGCAGAGAGGAGUCAACAGCCUGCAGUUCAACCAGGACCAGAGUUGUUUCUGCUGUGCCAUGGAGACGGGCGUUCGCAUUUAUAAUGUGGAGCCUUUAAUGGAGAAAGGGCAUUUAGAUCAUGAGCAGGUGGGCAGCAUCGCUCUGUGUUCAAUGCUUCACCGCUCAAACCUGCUGGCUGUGGUCGGCGGCGGCGUCAACCCCAAAUUCUCAGAGAUUUCAGUUUUGAUAUGGGACGAUGCUCGAGAAGUUCGAGACCCGAAGGAUAAGUUAGUUCUUGAGUUCACGUUCACUAAACCAGUGCUGGCAGUGCGCAUGAGACACGACAAAAUCAUCAUCGUGCUGAAGAACCGGAUCUACGUGUACAGUUUCCCUGAUAACCCUGUGAAGCUGUUUGAGUUUGACACUCGUGAUAAUCCUAAAGGUUUGUGUGAUUUGUGUCCCAGUCUGGAAAAACAGCUGCUGGUGUUCCCCGGACACAAAUGUGGCAGUCUGCAGUUGGUGGAUCUCUCCAACACUAAACCGGGCACUUCUUCAGCCCCGUUCACCAUUAACGCGCACCAGAGUGAAAUCGCAUGUCUGGCGCUGAAUCAGCCAGGCAGUGUGGUGGCGUCGGCCUCCAGAAAGGGAACACUGAUCCGGCUUUUCGACACCACCACACGGGACAAACUGGUGGAGCUGCGAAGAGGAACUGAUCCUGCCACACUCUACUGUAUUAAUUUCAGCCACGACUCCUCUUUUCUGUGUGCAUCGAGUGACAAGGGAACAGUGCAUAUAUUUGCACUGAAAGACACCAAACUGAACCGCCGCUCAGCUUUGGCUCGUGUAGGUAAGGUCGGUCCAGUCAUUGGUCAGUAUGUGGACAGUCAGUGGUCUCUGGCCAACUUUACAGUUCCUGCGGAGUGUGCAUGUAUCUGCGCCUUUGGGAAAAACACCUCAAAAAACGUCAACUCUGUUAUUGCCAUAUGUGUUGACGGGACGUUCCACAAGUAUGUUUUUACCCCGGACGGAAACUGCAACCGCGAGGCUUUUGACGUUUAUCUGGACAUCUGUGAUGACGAUGACUUCUGAAAAUCAUGUAAAAUAAUUGAGUUCAGAAUGUUCCUGUUGCUCAUUUCUGUGAGUUUCUGUUAUUGCCUUGUAUAAUCACAUGUAUAUAUCAGUCUGUGUGAGUAAACGCUUAUCUUAUUGGUCUCUGAUCAUUCUUUUGAACCUUUAA